ACGCACAGCUGCUGCGCUGCUGCUUCGCGCGAAGCGGGUUCAUCCUGCCAAGGCGAACGCACAAUGGCCGAUCCCGACAGUGCCUGGUUGGAAGAGCUGCUGGCCGAUGUGCAGUUGGAGCAGUUUCUGGUGCGGAUACGGGACGAGCUGCAGGUGACGCGGUUGGCUCACUUCGACUACGUGCACGUGGACGAUCUGGAAAAGAUCGGGCUCGGUAAACCGGGCAUCCGGCGGUUACUGGAGGCGGUCAAGAAGCGGAAAGCCCAGCAGUGGCGGCGCAACAUUCUGUCGAAGCUGAUCGGAGGCGGAAAGCAGCAGCCGCAAAAGAAGGCACACCACCACACGGCGGGCGGCUCCGGCAGUGGCGGCGGCGGGGCUGGCCAGAACGAGGAACCGUCCGCGCUAGCGUUGACCUGUUUGAUUCACGAGAAAGAUGUUACGCUCUCGGUGAAGCUGGGCGAUGGGUCGUUCGGGGUGGUCCGGCGGGGCGAAUGGAACGCACCCGGGAACCACAUCGUACCGGUGGCGGUGAAGGUGCUCAAAGCGGACACACUAGCGCAGCCCGGCGUGAUCGAGGACUUUUUCAAGGAGGUGCAAGCCAUGCACACAAUGAACCACCCCAAUCUGAUCCGCCUGCACGGGGUCGUCCUGUCGCAGCCGAUGAUGAUGGUGACCGAGCUGGCGGUGAACGGGUCGCUGUUGGAUCUGCUGCGCAAACAGUGCAAGCACACGCCACUGCCGAUGAUUUGGAACUGGUCCGUGCAGAUUGCGACCGGUAUGGCGUACCUGGAGAGCAAGCGGUUCCUGCACCGGGAUCUGGCCUGCCGCAACGUACUGCUGGCGACGGGGAACAAGAUCAAGAUCGGCGAUUUCGGCCUGAUGCGGGCACUGCCCCAGCAGGAGGACUGCUACGUGAUGACGGAGCACAAGAAAGUACCGUUCCCGUGGUGCGCUCCAGAGUCGCUGCGCUACCGACAGUUUAGCCACGCGUCCGACACGUGGAUGUUUGCGGUGACCCUGUGGGAGAUGUUCACGUUCGGUGAAGAUCCAUGGAUUGGGCUGAACGGGUCACAGAUUUUGCGCAAGAUCGACCGCGAGGGCGAACGGUUGCACCAUCCCGACGCGUGUCCACCGGACGUGUACCAACUGAUGCUCCAGUGCUGGGACAAGACGCCGUCGGAGCGUCCAACGUUUGCCGCAAUCAAGGAAUUCCUCACCGGUGUUCCGCCACCGAUCUAUCGAGCGAUCGGGAGCUUUAAUGCCGAAAACCGUUUGGCGGUGCAGCAAGGCGAUACGAUCGUGAUCAUCGACGGUCGGCCCGAGCUGCAGUUCAUCAAGGGCCAGAGUCAGCGGACGUUCGACAUCGGAACGUUUCCAAGAAAUGUUGCAGUCGACGCCCGAAAAUCGUCCACCGGAAACGGGAGUGCAGCAUCCAUAAGCCGUCCAUUGCACGAUUCCUUCCGCCACACGGGCCAUGGUUCACCGUUCGGCAACUCUUGGGGCAAUCCCAGUAGCCUGGAAAUGGACGGCGAAGUGAAGCUACGCACCAAAACGAAGGACAUCGUGAACACGGAACACCGGCGUGGCAAGUGCGUGUCGGAGCAGUACGUAAAGGAACGGAAAAGCAAUGCAUCGAAGCAAUUCUCGUACAACAAGCUGGUGAAUGAAAGUCACCAAAAGCAGCACCACGGCCAGCAAGCGCCAGUGCUGAAGGAUGCAAAAAAUCGUCCUCUGCGUCCACCGCAACCGAACGGAAUGGUUUCCGGCGGCAGCAGCGCCACGACCGAAGGCAUACUGAUUGAUCUUUCGUCGCCGAACGAUGAAGCAACGACGACGGCUGGUGGCGGCGGCGGUGAUGGUGCACUGAACUCGAGUGCUGCGAAGGCGAGCGGCUUCAGUACCACCAACCACCGUCAGGUGGCAAGCAUACUGGAUGAACCGAUUGAAGUGCCUACCGAGGGCGAGGAUCCGCACUACGCACCGGACCACCAGCACCACCAACAACAACCGAUGAGUUCCUUUGGUACGCCUUCGUACACGCUGCAGCAAUCCGCUGUUGCCUCGGCGGCGGUUGCUAUGGUAAAGCUAGAGCCUCCUCCGUAUCAGAUGCCACCAAAGUAUAGCAACACGUACGGAAUCGUCCACGAGAGUAGCCUCAACCUGAGCGUGGUUUCGGAACCGGACCCGUUCGCCCCGCACGAACCGAUCGUUACGUCGGACUAUGAAAGUGGUCCCUCGAGCACGGUCAGUGCACGCGACCUGAUGGCCAGCAUCAAGCGGCAGCAAACGAUCGAGCAGCAGCAGCAGCAAUCCAGUGUCGGCUUGGCCGGCAGUCCCGGUGUGCUGGCUCCGACCGUUCUGCCGCCACAACAACCGGCGGUCUAUGGUAACGUGCGAGCUUCCACGUCGAAUAUUAACGUCAAUUACGGCCGAGUGGCGGAUCUGGACGAGUUGACGUCGAGUAUGCAGGCAACGCUGAACAACCCGGGAAGCCCGGACCCCCCAACGGCUGAGCCUCUGAAUGGAAUGUCUCUGGAGGUGAAUGUGAGUGGCAGCACCAGCGGCGCGAUUGACGGUGGGCUGAUAUCACCAUACGGUGGUUCGGCGGUGCAAUUGAACGCAGUCAUGGCACCCAAGAAGCUCGAUAAAUCCUUUCUGGCCGAGCUGGAGAAGGACAUCUACAAGAACGAGGCGGCCGUUGGCGGUGGUAGCGCCAUGAACAGUUCGGCUGCGUACGCCGCCCGCAACAGCGCCAAGGAUGUGUCGCAUUCGAAGUACGACACGGCCAACCAUCUGGCCAUUAGUCAAAUCUAUGCCAACCAGGCCAACUCGCUCGCACUGGCCGCCUCGUUGCAGCAACAGCUCACACUUUCGCCAAAGAAACAAAACGUCCAACAGCCGUCGUCGUCGUCAAAUGACACCAGUUCCGUCGUGCAGCAGCUUUGGAUGGAGCGCAAUUCGGCGAGCGCUGCCGCCGUCGCACAACAGUCGGUCACCUCUUCGUCGACGGAACAGAUGUUGUACGGCAGCACGCAGCACGUGUCCCCACAAAAGUCACACAGCUAUGUGGCCCUAUCGAACCGGCCCGUUACGACGGUUCUCUCACCGCCGCCGGCAGCAUCGUCGGUCACGGAUACGGGUCGACACUAUGGCUCCACGAUGAGUCUUUCAGGGUCGUCGAAUAUUUACAACUCCGUCUACAACGGAAGCAUUGGCCCGCCAUUGGACGCGUAUCAACCGGUCGGCGGUGGGACGGAACUGUACGAUGUGGUCGCUCCGACUCCCGCAUCUCUUUACGAGCGGGUUCCCAUGCAGCCACAGCAGCAGAUUUACAACAACGUGGUCAGCCACCACCACCAGCAACUGGUGCAACCGCUCGUGCCGGCGAUCUACGACGAGGUAACGAACGAUCUCGACUUACGCCCGAUCCGGCCAGCCCCGUCCGCACCGCUGUCGGCGCAGCAAAUUCAGCGCCGCUUGGAACGGUUGGCCCAGCAGGAUCAACAGGUGGCCAACCUGAUGCAGGAGUUGGGCGAUGAAGCGAACGAACAGGAAGCGCGCAACUCGCUGGCAGCCGUCAACUGGGAUCACACGUUGGCGGUGCGACACUUUAAAAUUGAACGGCUCCUUCGACUCGGUCUAGCAACCCGGACACGCUGUGAGGAGGCGCUCCAGAAAACCGGAUGGAGCAUUCAGCUGGCCGCCUCGGUACUGCUGGAGAUCUGAAGUGAUCCGACAUCGGACCAGCUCAACGAUAUAACGUAUUCUCGAAUGAGCUUCGAAAAGUUGCUCUGUGAACAAUCAGAAACGAACAGCUCCUUACUAGCUGCUUAAAGGCUUUACUCUUUGAACAAUGAAGAACCUCAUCCAAGAAUCCUUGUAGCCACGGCAACCCAUGAUCUGUAAACCCUCGAAUUCCACAAUAGAGAAAGAGAGAGAAAG